AUGCCAAAGGUCGUCUUCAUCACCAAAGACCAGAGGUCACUGACUGCUCCAGCACUGGCUGAAAGUAUUGACGCCGCCUCUGAGUUUCAUCUGGAAGGAGAUUAUUUGAUAGGUGGACUGUUUGAUAUUCAUCCUGUCAGUACUCCUCUUCGUCACCUCAGACCAGAAGCCAUCGACUGCUCCAGCCAACCCUUCAGUCUCUCGAAUUAUCAAAGGUUUCAGUUGAUGAGAUUCACUGUGGAAGAAAUCAACAACUCUACCACCCUGCUUCCAAAUGUCUCUCUUGGUUAUGAAAUAUUUGACCAUUGUUCAGACAUUUCAAAUUUCCCUGGUAUUUUUGACCUCAUCUCUAUCAAUGGUUUGAUUGAACCUUGGACUGAAGGACAUCAGAAUGUGUCAUCAGUGGUAGCUGUGACAGGACCCUUCACUAGUACUCAGGCUAUAAAUGUAGCCCCACUGUUCAUGGCAGAUCUUAUUCCCAUGGUCAGUUACUCGUCUUCCUCUUCAGUUUUCACUCAAAAACAAAAAUAUGGCUCUUUUCUGCGGACAGCACAUCCCAAUUCAGACACCAUAGAGGUGAUUGUGAACAUUUUACUACACUUCAACUGGCGCUGGGUGGCUUUUCUAAACAGUGAUACUGACUACGGCCAGGACGGUCUGGACAUUUUCAGGGAGAGGAUUAAGAAAACUGAGAUAUGCAUGGGAUACUCCAAAACUCUCAGUGAAAAUUCUGAUUAUUCCAACAUAUUCCAACAAAUAAAUGCAUAUGGGAUUACUGUGAUUAUUGUUUUUUCAUCCAUCAAUUCUGCUAACGCUGUCCUUGACUCAGCAAUACGACUGAACGUCACAAACAAGGUUUGGGUGGCAACGGACUCAUGGUCCUUAAACAAAGAGCUCCCCAAGAAGGAAGGACUCAAACACAUUGGGACUGUAGUCGGAGUGUCUCAGCCAGUCGUGCCAAUACCAGGUUUUCAUGAGUUCAUUUACUCUACUGACAGACAGCAUCUUUGUGGAGAAACAAGACAGCAGAGGCUUUGCAAUCAGGUCUAUAACUGCAGCGAACUGAGUGAUGAAGAUAUCUACGCUGCAGACCCAUCAUUUUCUUUCUUUGUGUAUUCCGCCAUCUACGCCAUUGCUCAUGCCCUCCACAAUACCCUACAGUGUGGAGCUGGCAGGUGUAUCAACAACAUGACAGUGUACCCACACAUGGUGCUUGCUGAGCUGAAGAAGUCAAACUUCACUCUUUUAAACCAGAACAUUCACUUUGAUGAGAAUGGAGACCCUGGGUUUGGAUCCUACUCUGUAGUUUUCUGGAACCGCCGUGGUGAAGCUCAGGAGGUCGGCUUUUAUCAUUUUUACCCAUCAGCCGAUUUCUCCAUUAAUGACAGUGAAAUUCAGUGGCAUACAAAUGGGGAGGUUCCAGUUUCCUUAUGUUCUCACGAAUGCUCUGUAGGAUUUGCAAAAAAGCAAAAUGGUAUCCACAAAUGCUGCUUCACUUGUGAAAUCUGUCCAAAUAGUACCUACAUCAACGCCACAGAGGAUCCCUACACUUGUGUCUCCUGCACUGAUGCUGAAUGGUCUGCAGAGGGAAGCACGUCAUGCAGCCUGCGGGUGGUGGAGUUCAUACCGAUCACAGACACUGGAGCUCUGGUCAUCAUGGUUGCUGCCUGGGCCUUGGUGGGACUGAGUCUGGCUGUUUCUGUUCUCUUUGCCAUUAACUUUAACACACCUGUGGUCAGAUCUGCUGGAGGACCCAUGUGUUUCCUCAUUUUAAUCUGUCUCAGUCUCUGUAGCAUUUGUGUUUACUUUCAUUUUGGUCGGCCAACAGCAGCUGCCUGUAUCUUGAGGUUUUUACCAUUUCUGCUGUUCUACACUGUCUGUCUGGCCUGUUUCGUUGUGCGCUCUUUACAGGUUGUCUGUAUAUUUAAAAUAGCAGCCAAGUUGCCAACGCUUUACAGUCGGUGGAUGAGGUAUCAUGGACAGUGGUGGUUCAUUGCUGUUAUUUUUGCCAUUCAGGCCUUCUUGCUUCUUGUCGGAUAUGGUUGCCGGCCUCCCGGCCCUCACAAUGAAACAGUAAUGUACCCGAGUAAAAUCAUACUGAGUUGUGACGUUGGUGUCGAGGCAUGCACGGCUCCUUCAAUUGUACUUGUAACCCUGUGUUUUCUUUGUUUCAUUUUCUCCUACAUGGGGAAAGACCUCCCAAAGAACUACAAUGAGGCCAAAUCGAUCACCUUCUGCCUGAUCCUGCUGACCCUCACAUGGACCCUCCUUUUCACCAUACAUAUUCUGUAUCAGGGAAAGUACAUCCAGACUCUGAACGGUCUGGCAAUCAUCUCCAGUCUCUACUCUUUCCUUCUGUGGUACUUUGUCCCAAAAUGUGUAAUUAUUAUUUUUCAACCACAGAGAAACACACAGCAGUACUUCCAAGGUCUCAUUCAGAGUUACACCAAAACCAUCAGUCAGUAG